AGUCAACAAGUUCCAGACACAGAGUGACACACACACUCUCUCUCUGUCUCUCUCUCUCUCUCUGUUGUUUGGUCUCCCUCUCCCAGAAGAAAAAUUCUAGACGGAAGGAACUGAAAAUGGGAUCUCAGUUAGUGUGAGUCUGCCAUACAAGUGUUGUUAGUUUUGAGGUUAUUGGCUUCUUUUGAGAGUCUAUUUUGGUGUCUGAAUAAUUGAAGGUGUUAAAAGGGGGGUAAUGGUUAGGCAGAUUAGCCGAGGGCAGCCACCGGAGCCUCUUGAUUUCUUUAUCUGGACUGUUGAGGAUGUUGGUCUGUGGUUGGAAGAGAUAAAUCUGGGCAGUUACCGGCAAACAUUUAAAGAAAAUGGUGUCAAUGGAGAGUACCUGGAAGGCAUGUCCAUGUUCACUACUGAGCAGAUUCUUCGUUUUAUAAGAAAAUACCACAUGAAAUGGGGGGACUUUAUCACGCUCUGUAAGGAACUAAGGCGAAUUAAAGUCGCUUGCCUGAAAGGAGAGCAAAAAGUUCGCAGGCCAUGGUGGGCUCCGUCUUGCCUCUCAGUAGUAUUUGUGAAGGUGGCAGAGCAAAACAGACAAUCACGCGUUGUUUCCUUGAAGCUGGAACCAUAAAGGAAGAUCGUAUCUGUACCUACUUAUAUAUUCCUCUUUUGCUUACAGGAAAGUACCUUUUUUUUUUUCUCCUUUUUCCCGUUUGUUCUUCACUGGAGAAUUCUGUAUUAGUCUUCAAUGUAAAUAUUACUGGUCGUUUGAUCUUUAUAUGAUUAUGUAAUUUUGAGAACCCAUAGGGGCAAUCAACUUCUGUUUGCAA